AUGAGUGUGCACAUUGACGACACCGGAGCCUACGUCAUCGACCGAGACCCCACUUACUUCGGCCCGAUCUUAAACUACCUGCGACACGGAAAGCUGGUUUACAACAAGGAGCUGGCAGAGGAAGGGGUCCUGGAAGAAGCAGAGUUUUACAACAUCACGCCGCUCAUCAAACUGAUCAAAGAGCGGAUCGUCGAGAGAGACUCCAAAUCCACACAGCAGGUCCCUCCGAAGCAUGUGUACCGGGUGCUGCAGUGCCAGGAGGAGGAGCUGACCCAGAUGGUGUCCACCAUGUCGGACGGCUGGAAGUUUGAGCAGGUCAGCGUGCGCGCCUGCAGAAAGCCCCGCACCGGACUGCUCUGGACUAUGGUAAAUAUCGGCUCGUCGUACAGCUACGGCACAGAGGACCAGGCUGAGUUUCUGUGUGUGGUCUCUAAGGAGCUGCACACUCCAGGGUCAGGACUGGGCACCGAGCAGAGCCACAAAACCAAGCAGCAGCAGCAGCAGCAGCAGCAGCAGCAGCAGGAGGAGGAGGAGGCUUCACAGGAGGAGGAGCAUGAGGAGCAUGAGGAGCAGGAGGAGCAGGAGGAGCAGGGAGGGAGGCAGACCACACCAAAUGAGUGGCUUAGAGAGUGA